AAUGGAGCUCCUCACUUUUCAAACCGGAAGUUAAAACUCGCAUCAUGGCUCCCGCUGCCCCGAAAGUGUACGUCGCCGUCUGAAGCCCCUUCAGGCCCCAAGCUUCUUCUUGCUUCAUCAUGGAAACUCGCCUGCGUCUUUUGAAUCCUUUGCUCUGAGCGGAGGGUGACGUAUGGUCGGAUCGUGAGAGUAAAGCGCAGUCCUAGACAUAUACCAAAGACCCUCGUGGGUUUGUGCAUAGGCUCGCUCUUCUCUUGAAAUUGAUACGGAGAGGUGGCAGUACUGCUGCCUCUCUAACAUCUCCCUAUGUGUCUCGGUGAGGCAGCAUACGUGGAGGAUCAUGGUGUGUGUGGCUUCCGAGCCACUCCACUCAAACAUAACUAUGACGGGUGUGUCGGAAGUCCUCUCUUCGGAGUUGGGAAGGAGCCCAGGGCCAACCGAUGCCUUAAUGCAUCCCGUCCUAAUGUUGUCUGUUUCUUUGUAAUUGCCACCUCCAGUCUCGUCCCUGAGUCGAUCCUCAAGAAGCGUCGCACGCUCGAGCAGGUGAAGGCCAAGCGUGCCGCCAAGGCCGCUGCUGACCGUGUGCACCGCAAGAAGGUCCGUCAGAUCGCCUUCAAGAGCGCCGAGAAGUACAUCAAGGAGUACCGCCAGCUCGAGAAGCAGGCCGUUACCCUGCGUCGUCAGGCCAAGUCGACUGGCAACUUCUACGUGCCCGCUGAGGCCAAGUUCGCCUUCGUGAUCCGUAUCCGCGGUAUCAUUGGCGUGUCCCCCAAGGUCCGCAAGAUCUUGCAGCUUCUGCGUCUGCGUCAGAUCCAGAACGGUGUGUUCGUCAAGCUUAACAAGGCCACCAUCAACAUGCUGCGUCUGGUUGAGCCCUUCGUGACCUACGGCUACCCCAACCUUAAGGUGACCCGUGAGCUGAUCUACAAGCGUGGAUUCGGCAAGGUCCGUGGCCAGCGUAUCCCCCUGACGAACAACUCGGUGAUCGAGAAGUCCCUGGGCCACGUCGGCAUCAUCUGUAUUGAGGACCUGAUCCACGAGAUCUUCACGGUCGGCGAGCACUUCAAGCAGGCGGCCAACUUCCUGUGGCCCUUCCAGCUGUCGUCCCCCAACGGCGGCUACACCAAGAAGCUGCUGCACUUCGCCGAGGGCGGUGACGCCGGCAACCGUGGUGCCGAGAUCAACAAGUUCAUCAAGCAGUGCCUGUAAAUGGUCCGUUUGGUCGUUACUUGCGAGGUUUCUACCAGCGACUGGGUGUUUGAACAGGUUUUAAUCAUGUUCAGAUGCUUUAACAAAUCGGUUUGAAAGAUAAAUGAAAAGGUCUUUUUGACUAAGAACCAACUCUUAUUCUGUAUCCG